UUGUUUACAUUCAUCUAUUAAGGCCCGGUCCCACUGGCUUUCACAGCUGUUCAGGCUUUCAUCCUUGUGGUACAGACGCUGUUAUCAGUGGACUGGUAGUGCAACGGCCAGGGAAUCGACGCGCAUACACGUUGCACAAAAUUUGGCUGCUGUUACACGCGGAAACAUUUUUUGAACUGCACAAUAAUUUAGACUGUGGCUGACUGCAUGUGGUACCAGCAGUACAGCUGUGCAAUGGCCGUGGAACAGCAGUUCCACGGCACUUUGUUUUUCCGAUGUUCUCUGUCUUUGCAGUCAUGUCCUUAGAUCAGAUGCUCAUGGCCGCACUAAGCCGUCCUUUUGCGUUGGGGAUGCUGUACGACGCUCGAAGAGAUGAACUGAUAGAAGAUUUCUUACUGUGGGACAAAGAAAUGAUCAAAAACAACAAAGUGAGGCAGUCUCAGAAGAGCAGCUCGUAUAACAUCACUGCAUCUGACUCCAUUCAGUCCAAGUCAUCUCUGCUGGAUGUUGGUGCGUCUCUCAGUGCCAGUUUUCUGGGAGGAUUGAUUGAAGUCGGAGGAUCAGCCAGCUACAUGAAUGAUAACAAGAAGUUCAAGAAUCAGAGCAGAGUAACUCUGCAGUACAAAGCCACAACAGAGUAUGAACAUCUGAAUGUGACUCAAGUAAAAGCCCAAAAGACGCAGAUGAAAGAUGCCAUCAAGAGUCGCGGUGCAACACAUGUGGUCACCGGCAUCCUUUAUGGUGCAAACGCUUUCUUUGUGUUUGACAGUGAGAAAAUGGAUUCCAGCAGUGUGCAACAGAUUGGAGGAAGCAUGCAUGCUGUCAUCAAGAAGAUCCCAAUGAUUAGCAUAGAAGGAAAAGUCGACAUCAAGCUGAGUGAGGAGGAGAAAGACGUGACAAAUAAAUUCUCCUGUAAAUUCUACGGUGACUUCAUUCUUGACAGCAACCCUUCAACAUUUGAAGAUGCAGUGAAGAGCUACGUGGAGCUUCCACAGCGUCUCGGAGAAAAUGCAGAGAAAACGGUUCCUGUUAAAGUCUGGCUGACUCCUCUGAAGAUCCUGGAACCAUCAGCUGAAGAAUUGAAGGCAGACAUUUGUGUCAGUUUAGUGAGGAAAGCAGUGAAUGCUCUUGACGACAUGAGAGAGAUAGAAAUGAGAUGCAAUGAUGCUCUGGAUGAGAACGUGGUUAAAAAAUUCCCACCAAUGCAGAGAAAGUUGAGAAAUUUUCUGCAUCUCUGUGAAGAUUACACAAAAACACUCAAACGCAACAUGGAGGAGAAGUUCCCACUCAUUCGUGAAGGAAAAGAAGAUGAAGACUCAGUGCAUAAAGUCUUUGAUGAUCUGGAGAAGUCUCCAUUCAGUCAGGAGAACUUGGACAAGUGGCUCGAUAACGUGGAGAGAGAAAUCAACGUCCUGACUUCCUGUGUGAACAUCAUGGAGGGAAUCAAGAUCGUCUCAGAUAAAUCAGAGUUGGACAGAGAGGUUUUUGCUCCAGGUGUAGAAGAUGCUCUCUGCUUUGUCUUCACCUCUCUGGAAACUGAAGAUCCAUACUUGAAGCAGAUGGAGAAGCAUCUGAGCUGUCAUGAAACAGAAAGGCUUUCCAGUGUGACUCCACCCUCAAAAGAUCACUGGUUCUUCAAAGACCAAAUCUUCACAGAUAUGAGACAGAAAGCCAAAGAGUUCAACUCUACUUUUAAAAACCUGAAGAGCAGCAAGAAGUAUAGCUUUGUCAUAGCUGCUCUGCCAAACCAGAAACAUGAUGGAGCAACCAUCUACCAUUACAGAGGCGGAUGUCUGAAAACAGAAGACUUCUCCAAACCAGUUCCAAAUGUGAGAUCGGUGACAGACCGACGGGAGCUGUUGCGGUACUUCUGCAAUCUCAGCUUGGACGAGAACACAGCCUACAACUACAUCAAGAUAGACAACAGAACUGCUGUCCGUUGUGAUUAUAUAUCGUAUCCUGAUCAUCCAGACAGAUUUGAUGUGGCUCCUCAGAUUCUCUGCAAAGAGGAGCUGUCAGGGCGCCAUUACUGGGAGGUAGAGUGGAAUACUAGUUUGGAGAGUCAUGCUGGUGUUGCUGUUGCUUAUAAACGUAUACCCAGGAAGGGAAACGACAACAGAAAUGAAUUUGGAUGUAAUGACAUGUCUUGGUACUUCGGUAAAGACAGACACAAACUUGUUGUUUGGCACAAUAAUAUGAGGUCUGAGCUGUGCGACUUCACUCAGGAGGCAAGAAUCGGGGUGUUUCUGGAUGUGCCAGGACAAACCCUGUCCUUCUAUGAUGUCUUUGGCGACACGUUGAGACUCCUUCAUGUUUUUAAGGACACAUUCCCACCACCACUUCUUGCAGGAAUGUGGAUCGAAAAUUUCUACUUGAAACUUUGCCCCAUUGACAACGAGCAGUAGAGUGUAAACACUCAGAUUUCUGCUCUCCUUGUGUCUCUAACACAAUUCCUUUUGGAAACACUUGUAGAGUCGAGACUUAAUGUCCAUAACUCGAAUUUAUUACUUCAGAAAUUUCUCUUUUUUUUUAUUUAUUUUUUUUUUUAUGCCAAAGCCUGACGUCUGUGUGUGCAGCUGAUCUGUGAAGGUUCAUCUCAACAGUUCUCUAUAGAGCCAAGUUGGGAAAAUAUUUUUCAUUAAUUAAUACCAAAUUGAUUUUUGCUUUGAAAAUACAAUAUGGAUUUACUAUUCUACAAAUUCAUUUUUUACAAGAGUAGUUUUUUGUGCUUUGGCUAAAGACUCUAUGAAGUCCUACUCUGAUCAUCUGUUGAUCUGUUUUCAAAGCGUUCUCA